AUGGACGACGAGCGACUACCCAAACGACUCUUCUACGGAGACGUCGCGACGGGUUCUCGCCGUCAAGGAGGCCCAAUUCGUCGAUACAAGGAUACCCUGAAGUCCUCCCUGAAAUGCCUGCAAAUCAACCCCACCAACUCGGAGGAGCUCGCACUCGAUCGACCGACCUGGAGGAGGACAGUGAAGACAGGCGCUGCGAUCUACGAAGCCAACCGCAUCGCUGCCGCCAAAGCGAAACGUGAAGCCCGCAAAUCACAACUUCGCCCAGUAAGCAACGCCGCCGUACAACCGCUUCCAACGUGUCAUCGAUGUCAACGGACAUUCCGGGCUCGAAUCGGACUUGUUAGACAUCUUCGGAUUAACUGCGCCUCUCGAACGGCACCAACCAUCGUCCCCCCGCCUGCCUCUCCCUCCUCUCCGCCGCCAACUAACCCACCACUUCCAUCAUCCUCCUCCUCCUCCUCGCCCACUGCUCCAACGGCGGCCGCUCAGGCGACUGUCCCACGCACAGCAACCGACACUACCACCACCUUCCCCGACUCCAGGGAUGAGGAUCAGGACUACACCUGCCCUCACUGCGACCGUACUUUCACCUCACACAUCGGCCUGGUCGGUCACUUGAGAAUCCAUCGCACAGAGCCUGGCGAACCAGUGCCUGGAGCACCAACCUAUACCCACCGCACUCGCCUCCACUGCCCACACUGCCCUCGCACCUUCACGCAUCGCAUGGGCCUUUUCGGCCACAUGCGCAUCCACGACGACCUGCGGUAG